CUUCCGCCGGGGUCGCUCUCUGCAUCCGGGUCAGCUGCUGCCGCUGCAGCUAUAGCUUGGGGACUGGGCCCCGGUCUCCACUGCGGUCCGAGGGGAGCGGGCUCCUCUCGGCCCUACCUCCUGCGCCCUGGCCGUCAGCCCCACGUCGCCGGCCUGGAGGGGCGAAGAAGACGAGGGAGCCAGGGCUUCCUCCGGGAUUUUAUUUAUUUAUUUUAGAGACCGAGCACAAGAGCGGGAAGGGUCAGAGGGAGAAGCAGACUCCCUGCUGAGCAGGGAGCCCGGUGCGGGACUCGAUCCUGGGACUCCAGGAUCAUGAUCUGAGCUGAAGGCAGUUGUUUAACCAACUGAGCCACCCAGGACAUUGGCUCUCUGGAUUAUCAGGAGUUUGUGGCUGAUAUUGAAUCUAAACUGAGGAUGGAAGGUGUGGAACUUAAAGAAGAAUGGCAAGAUGAAGAUUUUCCAAUACCUUUACCAGAGGAUGAUAGUAUGGAAGCAGAUAUACUAGCUGUAACUGGACCGGAGAGCCAGCCUGAAGUUAAUGGAAAUAAAGUAAGAAAGAAACUCAUGGCUCCAGACAUUAGCCUGACCCUGGAUCCUAGCGAUGGCUCUGUGCUGUCAGAUGAUUUGGAUGAAAGUGGGGAGAUUGACUUAGAUGGCUUAGACACGCCAUCAGAGAACAGUAAUGAAUUUGAGUGGGAAGAUGAUCUUCCAAAACCCAAAACUACUGAAAUUAUUAGGAAAGGCUCAAUUACUGAAUACACAGCAGCAGAGGAAAAAGAAGAUGGACGACGCUGGCGUAUGUUCAGAAUUGGAGAACAGGACCACAGGGUCGAUAUGAAGGCAAUUGAACCCUAUAAAAAAGUUAUCAGCCAUGGAGGAUAUUAUGGGGAUGGAUUAAAUGCCAUUGUUGUGUUUGCUGUCUGUUUUAUGCCUGAAAGUGGUCAACCUAACUAUAGAUACCUGAUGGACAAUCUCUUUAAGUAUGUUAUUGGCACUUUGGAGCUGUUAGUAGCAGAAAACUACAUGAUAGUUUAUUUAAAUGGUGCUACAACUCGAAGAAAAAUGCCCAGUCUGGGAUGGCUCAGGAAAUGCUACCAGCAAAUUGAUAGAAGGUUACGGAAAAACCUAAAAUCACUAAUCAUUGUACAUCCCUCAUGGUUUAUCAGAACACUUCUAGCUGUCACAAGACCCUUUAUUAGCUCAAAAUUCAGCCAAAAAAUUAGAUACGUCUUUAAUUUGGCAGAACUAGCGGAACUUGUCCCCAUGGAAUAUGUUGGCAUACCAGAAUGCAUAAAACAGUAUGAAGAAGAAAAGUUAAAAAAGAAACAAAAAAGAGUUGAUCAAGAGCUUAAUGGAAAACAAGAUGAACCGAAAAGUGAACAGUAAGUUUGGCGUCUAGUCCAAACAAGACUGAAGAAUGUGCUGAUGAAGCAGUGCUCUUUUUUGCAUUUAUAAUGCAUUUAUUGGCCCUGAUUUUUAUGUAACCUGUUACAAAAUGGACUUGACUCUUCCUUAAUGGACUUUUGUGUAAGGGACUGUUCACUGCUGUAUUGGUUUGCAAAUCUCUUGAAUUUAGCUCUUUAUUAGCGAAUUAUAUUGUAAUCAUUUUAUAUUUUAUAUUGCUAAAUAGCAGAGAACCACACUUUAUAUAAAGCAGUUUUUGCAUUUGUUUGUUGAAUGAUGCAUCAUCUUCAGUAAACUAUUUAUAUGCCUAAAUGGUAAAGGAAAGAGAUAAUAUAUAUUUUUAUGUUUCUGAGCAAUAUUUUUUAAUGUAUACCUGUCUUGUGGAAGAAUGUACAGGUAAAUAAGACCAUGAUUUGUAAAGUGCAUGUUCGAAUUUUUGUUUUCGUAAAUGGUUAGAUACAUUUCCUGGGUAACUUAGAAAACUCAUAAGGUGAGGGACAGUUAAACUGGUUCUCAUGAAUACCCAAAGGUCAUGUACAUAAUCUAAGUAGAUUAAUACUAUCCUAAGCUUUUUUUUUCUCAUUUAAUACUGUUUCUUAAUUCAGAAGCGCAAAUACAAAUGUAUUGCACACUUUCUCCUUUUUAAACUUUAAAGACAAGUCAAAAAGCCAUUUUUAGAACUAGAGAACUUAAGAGGCUAAGAAAUGGGGUUUGUAUAUAUGUAUAUAUGGGACAUUUUAUCUUCUGGCCAGAAGUCAGAACUUUAUAAAAAUUUUAGGUCUGUUCACUAAUGUGAAAUAAGCUGUGUGUCCAGGGUAUCACUCUCCAGAAUUUGUGAGUGCAGUGUAGUAUUCAGAGAAUGUGAUGAGUUAUUCACUGUCCCUAUUUUUCUGUAGAAAAUAGGGGCUGCUUUUUUAACUGCUCUCAAUGUGGGCACUUCACCAAAAUACUUCUGUAUCAGUUACUUAAACCUGGUAGGAGGUAGGUGUUUGACCUAAUCAGAUUUGUGUAUAUUCACAUUUUCUGUUGAAUCAUGUUGACAGUACUGUAAAUUAAGUUAUUUUGUAAGUCUUAGAGCAUCAUUACAUUAUGCUGUUUGGGACGGCAUUUAAUAUAAGCAUAUAAACUUUUUGUUUAAUUUGGUAAUAAGUACCUUGACUCUACACUGAAAUACAUUGUACUGAGGUGCCCAAACAGAACUUAAUUACCCACAAAAUCAUCCUAAAACAACAGAUUGGUCUGAUACUGUGUCAUAUGCUUGUGUGACUCAUACACAUGUGGAAAAAUUAGUAUCCUCCAAGUUUGAGGAUACUACCACACCCCAGCCCUUCCCAUAAGGUAAUUUACAAAAGAAUGUCCUAGAAUAGCAAAAUUGAAGCUGAUGAGAGCUAAGCUUUUAGGAUUUAUUCUGUCCCAGACUGAACACACAUGUGGCUUUUACAAACAUUGCCAUUUUUCGUAUAAAGUUUCCGUUAAAAAGGAGAAUUUUCCUUUACUUUUUGUCCUCCUCAGUUAUAAACUUGGCAUGCUAACCUAAGUCCAAUUAUGGGAGAUGCUGGAGGAUUCCCAGGAUGAGCUGUUCCUCAGCAGCCUUCUGACUUAACUUGGAUCCAGCAGCCGUGGGCAGAUCCUAAACUAAUGUCAUUAUAGCAAAUAAAGCCAAAACCAUUUUUGCUUGCUCAAACCUUAGAAACAGUUUGUGUUGAAAAAGCAAACUAACAAUAACAACUUAGGCAUUCCUUCUGAAUUUACCAUAUGAGAAUUACGAAUAAAGAAUCAUUUAAUUGUGAUUAGAGUCUAUAUUUAUAGAGCUCUUUAAGUAGUCUUUCAUCUGUAAGUCUUUAUCCUGUUCAAAAUUUGCUGAACUUUUUAAAUAGGUGGUUUUCCUCCACAUAAAGUACACAGUGCUUCAGGUUCAACAGUUUAUUGUGUUUAUUCACUUUUGCUUUUGCAAGCAUUGUUCCUAACUAUAGAUACAACUUGUUGCAAAAGUGAUGCAUUUUCCUAAAUAUUUUUUUAAAGUACAGGUAAACUUUAAUCUAUUAGAACAUUAAAAUUCAGAAGGAACAGUGUUAACACUUGGGAUAUAACGAGAGUGAUGUGCUGUGAAUCGUUGGAUUAAACGACACCUGCUCUAACCUACACCUUAAUGGAAUCUGGUACAGGGACAUGCCCCGUAAAAAUGUUUCAUAACUAUAAGGCUUAAGAUUAUAACUAGUAGGUUAGAGGAAAAGCACUUAGGCAGUUUGUUAUUUGUAAUUUGUCACUAUGUGACAUUUCCCCCAUAUCAUUCAAUUUUAAUUUUCCAUUGCUGAUUGAAAGUACAUAAAAUUGUAUUAUCUUUCUGCUGGGGUCAUGGAUCUAACUUAAGUGGUUUAAUUUGAUUUUUGUCACUAUGUUUUAUUAUACUUGGGCUCUGAGUGUCUCUCUUUAAUCAAAAGUUUCUCAUAUAAAGUAAUUUGGUUGUGUUCUGCUUGGUCAUAUUCCUAAGUAUCACCAAGGAAAAUGCUAUAUUGGCCUCCCACUUGAAGCUUAAUAGCCUUUAACUCGGGUCGGGGUGUGGGGAGGAUAGGAUCCUGAGGAGGGCCUAGUGGGGUAGUUGGAAAGGAAGAUAACAAAACAAGGAAGUAGGAGAAAGAACUCUGAAGAGGUAAAGAGUAGGUGUUAUCUCAGAUGUCACUGAAUGUUUCCCUGUGAAGGGAUGUACUGUGUAUGGCAGCUCUUUGCACCAUAUAACAGUCUUGUAUCCAACGGGAAAACCUGCAGGCUUCACACAGAAUAUGUGAAUUAAGACUGGAGUGAAGAGGGCAAAGGUUAGUAAUACCUAUAAUGAGAAUUUAUAUUUUCAUCUGCUUUGUCUCUUCAUACAGAAGCAAGUUUGAACAGAGAGGGUCAACAAUUACAGUGCUCAAAUUAAAGUUUAGGACCAGGUUAUUUUUCAUAUUUUAUGAAACGUGGUAAACAUUAAUUAGUCUUCCAAAAUGGACAGCACUAUUUAGUAACUGCACUGAAUACUGAAAUUUGCUGAUUGACAAAGUAUAUAUCAGUAGCUAGAAUUUCUUCAACGACAGUUUCAGAAUUUAAAAAGGUAAAAGUUCUGCUUUUUGAUAGAGACUUCUUGUAGAUGACUACAGUGUUACUAUUUGGCUGUUUUUAUGUGAGUGCUCAGGGAAUUUGGAAGUGUUUGAUUUAGUGCAGAAGUGGCUUUUUUAGAUUUCUUCAAUCAAGAGGUAAAUUAGCAUUAGGAUAUUAUUGGUUAGAACAGGCCAGUUUCUUGUUGAGAUCGGUAAAAGUGUGUAUAUAAGGUGACAAUAGCUUCGUCCUUUUUCCUGUGUUAUAUGUGGAAAAUUGCUAACAUUGCUCAAUCAGAAGGGAGAAGAUAGGCUGAAAAUAGAAAUUUGCUAAUCCAUUCCAUCAUGUUUUCUUGCUUAUUUUUUCAAAUAUUUAGAUAUUUGAGAAAUGGAUCACAAACCUCAAAAGGAAGGAAUAGAGGAGUUAAUGUGCUUAUUAGUUAGACCAGCUACUCUGUUAGAGUUUAUCCUUGUCACAGGGAACAGGAAUUGUGUGAUUUGAGUCACUGGGAGAAAGCAUGAAGAAUUUAGACUCACCUGGGAAGGUCAGCUGGUAAGGGAAGUUGGAGGUUUUCUACUCAGUGUUCUCAUAGUACAGAAGAAUUACCUAGGGAUCCUUUCACUCACCUCUUCCGCGGUCCCAAGAUUCUGAAUGAAUUAGAAUCAGCAGUGGUGAGUCCCAGUAAAGUAAGUUUCUUUUAAAGUUCUAAUGGCACUUGAAAAUAAGUAUUGUGUUGAACAUGAGGAGUGACACUAAAAUUUUAACAUAGCUGUUGCUUUGUUGCAACUACAUAUGGUAGAUCUACUUAAUUUCUUAUGUUUUGAGAAUUACUUUUAAGAAUACUAUGAAAAGUUCACAUAAAGCAACUUAAAUCAAACACCUGAUGAAAAUCAAGGGUUUAAUUAAGCUUUCAGAUCGAUAAAGAAUUAUAUUGAGCUGUUUGCUUCAUAUAGCGAUCUGAUUCUAUCUUGUAAGACAUUCUACAAGGGGUUAAAACAUUUACAUUUUGGAAUCUUUGUGUUUUCACAGUCAGUGUGGCUAAGGAGGAACUUGGAAAAUAAUACUAAUUAGCUAUUCCAUUGCACUUUUUGUAUACGAACUUUCUAAAGUUGUGCCCCUUAAACCGUUUAUGUACAUAAACCUAGCUAGCAAAUGUUGGAGGUGUGUUCAGGGCCACUGACUUGCACAGUCCAUAGGACACUAUGCACACAGAACACAAUUCAGAGUGAGUUAGACACCUACACACUUUGAUACAGAUUUCAAAAAUUCAAAUAUUUUUCUUAAUGUAAAUUCACAUGCUGCCAUUUAGACACAGUGUGCUGUGAUCAUUUCACCACUAUUCAGUUGAUGUUGCCUAGCCUGGUGCUGUCAUUUUACAGUGUGAGAAAUUCAGUUCUGAUGACUGUGUGUGCAAGAUGUUGAUGUGAUCCCUGUAAGAAAUAAUGGGGUUCGUCUUGAUUUACUGAGGAGAUGUAAUAUUUUAUUUUCCUUUGACUUGUUAGGAAUACGGUAACUUGCGUCCUGGUUUGUUGCACAGCAUAUUUUUGCAACGUUAAUGAAUUUAAAUAAAUUAAUUGGAAAGUU